AUGUCAUCGAUCGCAAGAUUUCUUCGGCCAGCCUUACGGCGGGGUUCAGGGGUAGCUCCUAGAGUCUCAUUAUCGUCACGAUGCUUAAGAAGGUCACCGCAGAAAUUCGGUGCUCAACAAAUACGAUGCUUGUCCGCUACACCCCGCCGCAUGACUGAUAUCGCAGAUAUCCCACCCACACCAAUAUCGCACCUAUCCGAGACCGAAGCGGCGAUGCAAGAAGCCGUCCAAAAGUUUGCCAACGAUGUAAUCUUGCCGAAGGUCCGCGACAUGGACGAGGCUGAGAACAUGGACCCUGAACUAGUAGAGCAGCUCUUCGAGCAAGGGCUGAUGGGGAUAGAGAUCCCCGAAGAAUUUGGCGGCGCAGGCAUGAACUUCACCGCUGCGAUCGUCGGUAUUGAGGAGCUCGCACGUGUUGACCCCAGUGUAAGCGUCAUGGUAGACGUCCACAACACCCUAGUCAACACCGCGAUCCUCAAGUGGGGCAGUACCGAUCUCAAGAAACGAUUCCUGCCCCGCCUCGCCACCAACACUGUCGGCAGCUUCUGUCUGUCGGAACCGGUCUCAGGAUCCGACGCCUUCGCACUGGCCACGCGCGCCGUCGAGACGAACGACGGGUUCCGCAUCACAGGCGGCAAGAUGUGGAUCACGAACUCGAUGGAAGCCAACUUCUUCAUCGUCUUCGCAAACCUAGACCCAAGCAAAGGCCACCGCGGCAUCACAGCCUUCAUAGUAGAGAAAGACGCGAAGGGGUUCUCGAUCGCGAAGAAGGAGAAGAAGCUAGGCAUCAAAGCGAGCAGCACAUGCGCGAUCAACUUCGACGACGUCGAGAUCCCCAAAGCCAAUCUACUGGGAGCCAAGGGCGAGGGGUAUAAAUACGCCAUCGGGCUGCUGAACGAGGGCCGCAUCGGCAUCGCGGCGCAGAUGACGGGGCUCGCGCUCGGCGCGUGGGAGAACGCGGUCAAGUACGUGUGGAACGACCGCAAGCAGUUCGGCAAGCUCGUCGGCGAGUUCCAGGGCAUGCAGCACCAGAUCGCGCAGUCGUAUACCGAGAUCGCCGCCGCGAGGGCCCUCGUGUAUAACGCCGCCCGCAAGAAGGAGGCCGGUGAGGAUUUCGUCAGAGAUGCGGCUAUGGCGAAGCUGUACGCUUCGCAGGUCGCGGGGCGUGUUAGCGGGCUGGCUGUUGAGUGGAUGGGUGGAAUGGGUUUCGUGAGAGAGGGGCUGGCCGAGAAGUAUUGGCGCGAUAGCAAGAUCGGUGCUAUUUAUGAGGGGACGAGCAAUAUUCAAUUGAAUACGAUCGCCAAGUUGCUUCAGAAGGAGUACACCACGUGA